AGAAGUCUCUAAUACCUUAAACAACAGCGGGAAACAAGGUUUUAGAAGCAAAAAAGACACAAUUUUUUUUUUUUGGUAGUUUCCGAUUCUCAAAGAUACCUAGAGAAAGAGAAUACGAGGUGGUGAUUAAUUAAGCGGCGAAGCAAAUGGAAGAGAAUGGAUGCACCACCAGGGACAGGGAGGAACAAGAGGAGGCAUUGGUGGCUUUGAUCGAACACCGCACCCGCGAAGUCAAAAACCUCCGUCAACGAAUCUCCUAUUACAAAUCGCAGCUUGAGGAAGCAGAAAAAAGGUUGGAAGAUUCCGAAUCCAAAUUGGCACGCAUUCGAGGUCAGACUAAUGCAGUGUCGUCUAAAAGUAGCUUAGAUGAUAGAAUUAAAACCGUGAAGACAGAGCGCAGAUCAAGCAGUCCAAUUGAUAGAAAUGAAGGUUCUUCCAAAAACCAGUAUCAAUCUAAACCGGAACUUAUUAUUCCUGCUGUGACUCCAAAAAUUUCCCCACCUAUACUGUUACCAAGGUCUUCUGCAAAUGCUUCAAUAAGUUCCAGUUCGGAAGCCAUUGCAUCAGUCCAUACUCCUUCAAUCCAUGGUUCUGGCUCUAGAGUAAAAUCUGAUAAGUCUCACAGACUUUCUUCUGAGCAGCAAAACAUUGAAAUCAAGGACAAAGGGACAAAAAGGAAAUUUGAACAGAAAGAACACAAGGAAUUGAUUCCUUUAAUACGUAUGAGUUCUUCACCAAACUUGGUACACUGUCAAACAAGCAACCACAUCUCAAGUCAACACAAGAGGAAAUUGCGAAGCAUUGCUUUGUGUCCUGUGAAUGAUCAACUUUUUGUGACCAGUGCUUUGGAUGGAGUGGUCAACUUGUGGCAAGUUCAGUCUAGGGGAUCAGGAGCUUCUCUGCUUAGCACUACUAACUGUAUAUCCCAAAAGCAGAGGAGAUGGCCAGAAGAUAUAGCUUGGCACCCAGAAGGAAAUAGCCUAUUUUCAGUAUACAGUGCUGAUGGUGGAGACUCUCAACUAUCAGUUACAAAUCUGAAUAAAGGACAAGGGGGAGAACGUGUAAAAUUCUUAGACAACAAGCCUCAUGUUAAGGGUAUUAUCAACGGCAUAGUUUUUAUGCCCUGGGAAAAUACAUGUUUUGUAACUGGUGGAAGUGAUCAUGCUGUAAUACUUUGGAGUGAGCAGGAUGGUGAGAACAAAUGGAAGCCAAAAGCAUUGCACAGGAAUCUUCAUUCUUCUGCUGUCAUGGGAGUUGCUGGUAUGCAGCAGAAGCAGAUUGUCUUGUCUGCUGGUGCAGACAAGAGAAUAUUUGGGUUUGAUGUUCGUGUAGGCAGAGCAGAUUUCAAGCAUCAGAUUGAUAGUAAAUGCAUGAGUGUCAUGCCCAAUCCAUGUGACUUCAAUUUAUUCAUGGUUCAAACAGGGACUCCUGAGAAGCAGCUUCGGUUAUUUGAUAUCAGAUUGAGACAGACAGAACUUCAUUCUUUUGGAUGGAAGCAAGAAAGCAGUGAAUCUCAAUCAGCUCUGAUAAAUCAGGCUUGGUCUCCUGAUGGGCUUUAUAUAACAUCUGGUUCAGCUGAUCCUGUGAUUCACAUCUUUGAUAUAAGGUAUAAUGCUCAUAGGCCUUCCCAAUCAAUCAGAGCUCAUCAGAAACGAGUCUUCAAAGCCAUGUGGCUUCAGUCAAUUCCUCUUCUCAUUUCUAUAUCAUCUGAUCUCAACAUUGGAUUGCACAAGGUUUCCUAGAACCUACUACUGCCAAUAAAUCUGAGAUGAAGUAAUGUGUUCUGUCUCCACAUUUUUGUGGCUGCUUAAUUAUUGAGGAAAGAAUAUUAGUUUUGUUAUAUGACCUGUGGAAUUUUGUGGGUAAAGGUUAAAGGGAGAAAUAUUUUUUUGGAAAAUAGUUGGGAAAAUUUUGGUUCGGAAAGGCAUGCUAUGAAUGAU